ACCCUAUAAUCAAAGUUGGCAAUUUUACAGUUCUGCUUGGUGUCACUGAUACUUUUCCGUGCGUGAACCCCUAAUUUCUUCGCUGUAAGUAUCAUCGACGAUACUUUUCCGUCGAGUCUUGCCGCCGCCGUCCUAUCUCCAUAUCUUCGACCUUUGAAUUCCAAUCAGGAUCGAACAUGCUACUUUCCACGGCGUUCUAAACAUUCUCUACCCGAUCACGCAGCUACACAUCUUUCGAAUGGACUCUAAGGCUAUUCUCCACAGCGGCGGAUGCCACUGCAGACGUAUAAAAUGGAAAGUCCGUGCCCCACCAAGCAUUGUUGUCUGGAAAUGCAACUGCUCCAACUGCUCGAUGAGGGGCAACACUCACUUCGUCGUCCCUUCCCAAGAUUUCCAGCUCGAUGAAGAGUCGAAAGAGUUCUUGACAACGUACACGUUUGGCACGCACACGGCGAAGCACACGUUCUGCAAGGUUUGCGGCAUAACUUCAUUCUACUUCCCAAGAUCGAACCCGGAUGGCGUUGGGGUCACAGUCGGGUGUGUGGAUCACGGAACGCUGAAGCAUGUUGAGGUUAGGGACUUCGACGGGGAGAAUUGGGAGAGCUCGUACGAGCAGUCGGGAAUUUCGACGUUUUCGAAGAAAGUUUUGGAGGAGUGAUUGUCAUCCGUUGAUGCUUCUUUGUAUCAUCGAAUCAUCUCAGAAGCUUUCUGUGUUGUUUUUAUAUAUAUAUAUAGAGAGAGAUAUAGUUUUGUGAUGAAUAAAGAGGAUUGAUUUUGUACUUAGAAGCUUUUCUUAUGAGGGGUUUGUACUGAUAAAUUUAAAAAUACGUUACUAUUCUAGGUUUGUUGAUUGAUUUGGAUUUUCUUCUCUUCA